AUGCCUUGCCUUUAUCUCUCUACCAACGUGAAGCUAGAUGGAGUUAACAUUGAUCCCAUCUUUGCUCAAGCCACAACUGCUGUCUCUUCUAUCAUAGGAAAACCAGAACAGUUUGUGAUGGUUUUAGUGAAGGGAUCAGUUCCAAUAAUGUUUGAACAUAACAAAGAACCAGCUGCAUAUGGUGAACUAGUUGCAAUGGGUGGCAUAAAUUCAAAAGUGAAGAAGGAUCUAAUUCAUGCCAUUGGCACAAUAUUGGAGAACAACCUAUCUAUACCAAGAACAAGAUUUUUUCUCAAAGUAUUUGACACAACACUUCUUAAACAUGAAAGUAAUCACUCCAAACUCUAG